GCAGGAGAACACUGUCCUGGAAGAGCUGGAGGGCCAUGCUGGCUGUUGUGCUUGCUCUUUUACCUGGUCUUGGGAUUGGAGCCUACAUUGCUCAGUGGCCUGACAAAAUCCUUCAGAGACCUGGUGGCUCUUUGACCAUCUCCUGCUACCAGAAUUACAGUAACUUUGCCUAUAUGUACUGGUACCAUCAGCCUCCAAGAAAUGGUUUGAAGUUAAUAGUCAGCAGUAGUACAUGGAGUCAUAACUCUUAUGAGGAUGGUUACUCUGAGGCCAAGUUUGAAAUAAACAGAGAGAGCAGUAAUUACUCUCUAAUGACAAUCAAGAAUGUGACACCCCAGGAUGAAGCCACGUAUUUCUGUGCUGCGAGUGAUCGCACGCUGCAAAAUGGUGUGAAUAAUGAGCAGUUGUUCUUUGGUAGUGGGACAAAACUUACGGUGAUAGGGAAGAAUGAUGAAAUCAUACCUCCUGCCGUGGUCAUCUUUUCCCCAUCAAAGCAGGAGAUCCAGCAGAAGAGCAAGGCCACGCUGGUGUGCCUGGCCUCUGGUUUCUACCCUGACCACUUGACUCUGGUGUGGAGGGUGAAUGGUGUGAAAAGGACUGAAGGGGUGGGCACAGACGAGUCCUCCACACAGAAUGGGAGCACCUACUCACUGACCAGCCGACUGAGGAUGCCAGCCUGGGAAUGGUUCAACCCUCUGAAUCGCUUCGAGUGUGUUGCCAGUUUUUUUCAGAAUGGAACAACAGCAUCAGUAAACAAAUUUAUCCAUGGUGAUGCUGGUUGUGCACUCACAGAAGAGUCGUACUUGCGGUAUGGAAAUUCCCUGAAGCUCACUUACCUCAUCCUCUGUGGCAAAGCCUUGGUCUAUGCAGUUUUGGUGAGUGGUCUGGUGUGGACAGGCAAGGUGAGUCAGAGUGGCCCUGGAAGGCUGGGCUCACUCACUGGUCAAGGAUCAGUGGAUGCAGGUUAAACCCCUUCUCAGAGGUGUGGCUGUUCUGCAGGUGCUCUGCCAGGCUUUGUGGAGUUCCACUUGAAAAAUCAGAAAUUAUGGGUUUUCUCUUACCGUUUUUCCAAAACUCAAAUAAAAUCAAUGCUAUCUAGCAGAGAAAUUCCUUCUCACAAUCCUCUUUAAACACAUGAAAAAGAUGAGAAUUAAGGACAAGUUGCCCAGAAAGUAAAUAAGGGAAAUAUCAGAUAUGUCACGCAUUUGUGUAACCAUUGCGAAGGGGCUUACACCUGCAGUGAAAAUAAUAAGCAUAUUUUUUAAAGUGAUGCAGGAGAUAAAUCUGAUUAAAUAUUUACAAAGAUUUAAGAAGAACAGUGGAUUGAUCUGAAAGGAUGGGAUAAUUCAACUAACCAAGAGGAAAUGCUUUUUAUUAGUAAGUUUUUCCUGUGGCUGAAACAUACAUGCACAGUGAGAGCAGCAGAAGUCUCAGCGCUUGUCUGUUCAAAAGCAGAACAGGGAGAUGUAUUUGAAAAGUGACCUGGUAGAGUUGAGGGCAAAGAUGAGAACAAUCUCAGUUGUAUUUUUUGGUCCUUUUGCAAGGAUAGAAUGGAAGGUGUAGAUAUGUCCAUUUCUGGAUCAUGGAAUCCUAGAAUCGCAGAAUGGUUUAGGUGAGAAAGAACAUUUAAAGAUUACCUAGUUCCAUCCCCACCCUGAAAUGGGCAGGGACAUCUCUCACUAGACCAGGUUGCUCAAAGCCCCAUGCAACCAGGCCUUAAACACUUCCAGGGGUGGGACAUCCACGGCUUCUCUGGGAAACCUGUUCCACUCUCUCAGCACCCUCCCCAGAACAAAUUUCUUCCUUUGAUCUGAAGCUACCCUGAAUCAGUUUAAAACCAGGCCUCUUCAUCCUGUCACUGCAGGCCUUGGUAAAACAUCUCUGUUUUUCUUAAAAGUCCCCCACUGCUGUGUAUGGGAAGGCCUCAGGCAGGCCUCUCCAGAGGCUUCUCUUCUCCAGUCUCAAGAGGAGUUGUUCUCUCAGCCUGUCUUCAUAACCUGAGGCCCUGGGACUGGCUUUUGUGGGAUUCCUGUGGGUCUGCUCUGUCAUGGCCAUGUGUUACCUGGGCUGGGGCCUCCAGAGCUGGACACAGAAGUGCAGGUGGGAUUGGUGGGGGUUCACAUGGGCCCGCUCUCUUAAGUCUGUUCAGGUGCCUGUGGCUGGCAUCCCUUCCCUCACACACACCGAUGGCCACACAGCUUCAUGUCAGCUGUGAACUUGCUGAGGGUGCACUUGCUCCCACUGUCAAUGACACGCUGAUGAAAGUUGAAGAAAUGCUUUUGGCCCCAGUACAGAUCCUUGAGGGAAACUGUUUGUGACUGACUGCCACUUGAACAUUCACCGUGGAUGCUAGCUCUUUGGGCAAGAGUGGCGUCAAGUUAUCUAGAGAAUAAAUGAAGAGCCCUUGUCAUUUCAUCAGCAGGAACAUGACAAGAUUGCUACCUUUCCAUAGCAAAAAAAUCUGUGCUUCUACGAACUUCUGAAUAUAAUUUUUUUGUAAUUAUCAGUUGCUGUACUGUUAUUCACAUCUUUGUCAGCUUUCUCUGUACUUCCAUAUCAUAAUGUAUCAUAUUUUAUUGUAAGACAUCUUUAAAAGUAGCACCUUCUUAGUGCUCAGCAGCUGAGAACUCAUCUGAUUGAUUUAGGAAUAAAGUUUUUGCUUCUCUUCCCUUGAAAA